GUACGUUUUUAUGAAGCGUGUCUAACAAACGUUGAUCAAAGAACGUUGUUACUAAAUCAGACGCGAAGAAUAUUACGCGGACGUGAAGUGACAGACACGAGACCGUAUAUGGUCUAUCUCCGCCCCGCAUCCGGCACAGACCCGAAGCUGAAGGACUCGAACUGGCUGUGCGGCGGUGUGAUCAUCCACUCACAGUUCGUUCUAACAUCCGCCGCUUGUAUUGAAGACGCUCAACAUUUUGUUGUUGUUUCAGGAACACAUAGGUGGCUCCCGGCGGGAGAUGAAGAUGAAUGUAUCGUAAACGGAGCAAAGAAAGCUGUUUGGAAAUGUGUGCCAAAAAAUUACGUAUUUGAUGGACGCGAAUUUGAUAAUAUACGAUGGAUGGUAAAUGACAUAGCCGUGGUGAAAGUUGAAGAUGAAUUUAACUUUCAAAGACGCAUUCGCGGCUGUGACUUCACACCAAAACUAAUCGCUUUUAACAAUCAAUCUGAAGCAUUGGAAGCGCCUGGAACUACUGCUUCUAUUGCUGGAUGGGGAUCCGUAGAUAGCUUCAGUCAUAUGUUUGAUAAUUCAAACAAAAACUCACCCAAUCUGCUAGAAACUGAUGUAAUAUUGAUAUCAAAGGCGAAAUGCAAGAGACGAUGGUCGGAACGAUACCAUUACAUCAUUGAUGAGAACAUGGUGUGCGCUAAGGAUGGCGUUGAUAUUGAAGCGAUGAGUGAACUGUGCAAGGAACAAGACAUCAAUUGCAAGGAAUUAGUGUACUCUGAAGAAACUGAAGAUCAGUAUACGGCCAGACGAUUUAUUUUGAAACCAGAAUCAUUGCAAGUACAUACAGCUAAUCACUUCAACCAUUUGAGACGAUCGAAAUUAGUUUCUGGAGGAUUCUGUGAGAACGAUCACGGCGGACCUCUUGUAGUUGGUUAUGGAAGAAGUGCCACUGUUAUUGGUGUGAUAUCGGCUUGUAUGACCGCAAAUUUUACUCAGAAAUGCUAUGGACCUUUCCUUUAUACUAGUGUGUGGCGCAACCGACAUGUUAUUGCCUGUGCUAUUGAUAAAUCUCUUGGAACAACUUGUAGAAGGCUAUUAAAGUCAACGAAAACACGCUUGAUUGAAACAAAAUUAGAUUGGACGAAUCAUCGUGAUAGAUCAAAUUCAAACAACAAUAAGUAUAAAAUAAGGGCAAAAACUGAAACUGAAAAGAAACGAACAAGACAAACGAAGCCUAAGUAAUGUUAAUGAAUACAUAUUUUUGCUUAAA